UCCAAUUUAUUACUUGACCCUUGCUAUUUUUCCUUUUAAGUACUGUCCAAUCUGUAGUACUUUCAUUUGGUACCCCAUGUUGUGACUUUUAUGUAGUACUUUCACAUGGUGCUCCGGGGCAUUCAGGCUGCUUGAGCAAGUCAUGUUUUAGCAAGAAAAAAUGAUUGCCUAUGUUGAUGAUGUUUGUUGGGAUUCUUUUUUCAGACAUUGUAGUUGCAGCUGUGCUUUCUGGAAAUCGAAACUUUGAAGGUCAUGUUCACCCUCUAACAAGAGCUAAUUAUCUUGCUUCGCCACCGCUGGUUGUCGCAUAUGCACUUGCGGGAA